UGUUCAUUGUAUGUGUUCGUGGAUGUAUUUAAUGCAAGGAGACUCUUUGAGCAAUUGCACACAAAACCGGAAUUAUAUGUAUUGAUUGUAAAUUUAAUAGUGGUAGUUUUUUCUUGAGUCGGCCAAGUAACAAUUGCUUUUUAGUUUUUCGAGAUGCCUUCAAUAAAGAGGAACUUUUUAUGUAGUUUGAAUAAAAGUUUUGUGCUCCUUGUUUACUGUUGUUCUAUUAGGACUAGUGCUUCGAACUCUGAAAAAUCCCAAAAAUGUAAAUUGAGUGAGAAUGACGGAAUUUGUAAAAGUAUUUAUGAAUGUCCGAAAUCAUUGAAUGACUGGAAGCAAAACGUAUCUUCAGUAGUUUAUUGUUCUGAAGAAGACCAAAUCGUUUGCUGUGAGAAUGAACAAAGUCAGACCACUUUAAGAAAAAGUGAAAAAAAAUGCUUGGAAUAUCUCAAAUAUACAUUUGAACAAACUCAGAAUUUACCAGAGGAUCCAGAAGAAGAUGAUUUGGAAAUAAGUUUCUUAGAUCGUUGUGGAAUAUCUGCACAACAAUAUUCCAUUGUUGGAGGAGAAGAUGCUUCUUUACGAGAGUACCCUCAUAUGGCCGCUAUAGGAGACAACACUUUAGAAAAUUUUAUUCAUUGGUUUUGUGCUGGGUCAAUUAUAAGUGAAUAUUUUGUUAUAACUGCUGCGCAUUGCAUUUUUACCAACAAGCAAGUGAAUGGAAAUAUGAUAUCCCCUAAAAUUGUUAAACUUGGUGCACUUAAUGUAGAUAUUCAGGAGUCUACUGUGGAAAUUUAUCAAGUAGAAAAAGGCAUUAUAUACCCAGAUUAUCGUAGCCAAUUUGUUUAUAAUGACAUAGGGCUUUUGAAACUGAGGACAAAGGUUCAAUUUAAUAUAAACAUUCGUCCAAUUUGCCUUGCAGUGGAUAAACAUCAAAAUCACGAUCAAGUAUGGGCAAUCGGAUGGGGCAGCUAUAAGAAUGCAUCAUAUGAAGGUAUUCUCCAGAAACUUCAAUUGCCACUAGUAUCAACUAAAGAGUGUAGCAAAACGUAUAAUGCAAAACGUAAACGAUUGCCGGAAGGAUUGAAAGACAGCAUUUUGUGUUACGGUGCUGUUAGGGGUAUUGACACGUGCCCCGGUGCCUCUGGUGGACCCAUUCAAGUGGUAAACAGUGAUAUUUAUUGUUCGUAUUCCUUAGUAGGCGUCACGUCUGCAGGAGUUAGAUGCACUGAAGGAUACCCUGGACUUUUUACUAAGGUGUCGGAAUACUUAGAUUGGAUAGAAACAACGGUUUGGGGUUGAUUUUGAACAUGUAAAUACAUAAGAGUAUCACGUUACACAUCCUUGGUCAAAAAUGUGCAUGUAUAUGGAAAAAGAUAACAUUAGUCUAAUACGUGGCAGCCAAAUUAUUUAUAUCUUUUAAUUCAAAUAAAUUCACACAUUUAAGCUUUUUCAAAAAUUUUAUAAGUGUCAGUGCAAAUUCACCAUUCUAUUUGUCUUACUUCAAGUCAACCUUGAGGUUGUGUAUCAAUUCAACUAUGAUAUUUAUAUACAUAUGAAAUAUAUGUAUAAGUACUCCGAUUCAACAAAUAUCUUACUUUUUAUAUGUUUACUUAAAAAUCACUCUGAGAGAAUAUUGAAUAAAAUUGCAUCACGUUGCAUAAUAACAGCCAUUAGGGAAAUUGCAGAAUAAGCAAAAUCAUUUGAAACAAACCACACACCAACAUUGACGACCAACAAAAUUAAAUUAUAUUUUGUAAAUAAACAAUUUCUUAUUAU